CGUUUGAAUCAGAAGAGCCCUCUGUCCUCUCACUUUCCACUGUAAUCUCUUCUUCUUCUUCACUGCCUUCAAUGGCGGUGAGCUCUUCGCUUCAUCUCAGCCCUCUGCUGUCCUCUUCCUGCUUCCACAAGCUCAUCGCCGGACGGAGAGGCAGCUCCCGGGCUCGCACUGUCUCCGCGCGGACUUCGACCGAAGCUUACACGCCUUCCAAGGAGAAGACCGGGAGUUCCUUCCCAGGGAAGCCUGAGGCUGACGUUGUCGUCAUUGGGAGUGGUAUCGGUGGGCUGUGUUGUGCGGGGCUCCUAGCUCGGUACCAGCAAGACGUGCUCGUAUUAGAAAGUCAUGACCAACCUGGAGGUGCUGCUCACGCGUUUAAUAUUAAUGGAUAUACGUUCGAUUCGGGUCCGUCCUUAUUCUCCGGUUUUCAGUCUAGAGGUCCGCAGGCGAACCCCCUCGCACAGGUAUUAGAUGCAUUGGGUGAGUCAGUUCCGUGUACCAACUAUGACUCUUGGAUGGUGUACAUACCAGACGCUGAAUUCUUGUCUCGCAUUGGCCCCACGGAAUUCUUCAAGGACCUCGAGAAGUAUGCAGGUCCAAAUGCUGUACAAGAGUGGCGGAAACUUAUGGAUGCAGUGCUUCCACUGUCUACAGCAGCCAUGGCUCUGCCUCCCCUAUCUGUCCGUGGUGACUUGGGUGUUCUUUCCACUGCUGCAGCAAGAUAUGCCCCUUCUCUGUUGAAAUCUUUUAUCCAAAUGGGACCUCAAGGUGCUCUUGGUGCAACAAAGCUUCUCAGACCUUUCUCAGAGAUUGUUGAUUCAUUGGAGCUGAAAGACCCAUUUAUAAGGAAUUGGGUGGACCUCCUCGCUUUUCUCCUUGCAGGGGUGAAAUCUAAUGGUAUACUUUCAGCAGAGAUGAUCUACAUGUUUGCGGAGUGGUAUAAACCAGGCUGCAGUCUGGAUUAUCCUCUUCAUGGUAGUGGAGCUAUUGUCGAUGCCCUCAUCAGAGGAAUGCAGAAAUUCGGUGGACGGAUUUCCCUUCGGAGUCAUGUCAAAAGCAUUGUUGUUGAGAAUGGCCGGGCUGUCGGAGUAAAGCUAAGAAGUGGUCAAUUUGUGCGUGCCAAGAAGGCUGUUGUCAGCAAUGCGUCUAUGUGGGAUACUUUAAGUUUGUUGCCCAAGGAAGCUGUUCCUAAGUCGUAUGCAGACAGGAUCAAUGCAACCCCACAGUGUGAAUCUUUCAUGCAUCUCCAUCUGGGUUUUGAUGCUGAGGGCAUACCAGAAGACUUGGGAAUCCACCAUAUAGUUGUCAAUGAUUGGGAAAGAGGAGUUGAUGCCGAUCAGAAUGUUGUUCUGAUAUCUGUGCCUACUGUGCUCAGUCCUGAUCUGGCACCACCAGGAAAACACGUGCUACAUGCCUAUACCCCGGGAACCGAACCAUACGAACUCUGGGAAGGUCUUGAUCGCAGAAGCAGCGAAUAUAAGAAGCUGAAAGCUGAACGAUCAGAGGUUAUGUGGAGAGCCGUAGAGCGUGCCCUUGGCCCAGGCUUCAGUCGUGAGAAAUGUGAGGUGAAGCUAGUUGGAACACCCUUGACGCAUAAGCGGUUCCUCCGGAGGAAUCGUGGGACGUAUGGGCCUGCUAUACAGGCAGGUAAGGACUCGUUUCCUGGACAUUCAACUCCCAUAGCACAGCUUUACUGCUGCGGGGAUUCCACUUUCCCUGGGAUCGGGGUUCCCGCAGUCGCCGCAAGCGGUGCAAUCGUAGCCAAUUCGCUAGUGUCUGUUUCCAAGCACACCGAGCUUCUUGAUGCUGUUGGGAUAUAAAUACAUCAUAGGUUCAGUUGUCUCUGCUGAUGUUUUCAAAUCAUUUAAAUCCUAUCCACUUCACGCACAUAUAGUAGUUAAUCGAUUUUUGUCGGGCAUUUUUCUUACAAAGUCAUACGAAAAAUUUUGUCCAAUCACGUCCUUAUUACUGUCCCUAAUGUGAUACCACGAAAACUUGAUUGAAUGUCACAUUUACAGUGCAAUUAAUUUUAUCGCCUUUUCUUAUACAGAAUUAAUUUUAUCAUUA